UUGCCCCCGUAAUUUACCCCAUUCAGAACCCUCUAGAACCAUUUAACAUCUACCCUCAAUCCCUCUAUAUAAACCCUCUCACCCUCCAUUUUCCACACGCAUUAAUCACAUCACUCACAUUUGCGAUACCCCCCUUGUUUAAAAAAGCUUGAUUUGUUCGAUUCACAAUGGAGGCUGAUUUUGACUUUUCAGCAGCUGGUGCGAUGAACGAUGAAAUGAUGGAUGAAACGCCGUCGUAUGAUGCUCCUUUGAAGGUUGGAGAAGAAAAAGAGAUCGGUAAUCAAGGCUUGAAGAAGAAGCUUCUUAAGGAAGGUGAAGGUUGGGACACUCCUGACAAUGGCGAUGAGGUCGAAGUUCAUUAUACCGGAACAUUGCUUGACGGAACGCAGUUUGAUUCGAGUCGUGAUAGGGGGACUCCGUUUAAGUUCACUCUAGGUCAAGGCCAAGUGAUCAAGGGAUGGGAUCAAGGAAUCAAAACAAUGAAGAAGGGUGAGAAUGCACUUUUCACCAUUCCUGCUGAGCUUGCAUACGGCGAGUCGGGUUCGCCUCCAACCAUCCCUCCAAACGCAACCCUCCGGUUCGAUGUGCAACUGCUAUCCUGGCUCAGUGUUAAGGACAUUUGCAAAGAUGGUGGAAUCUUCAAGAAGAUUCUAAACAAAGGAGAGAAGUGGGAAAACCCUAAAGACCUUGAUGAAGUUUUAGUGAAUUACGAGGUUCGACUCGAGGAUGGGACGUUGGUUGCAAAAUCAGAUGGAGUAGAGUUCACUGUUCAAGAUGGACAUUUUUGCCCUGCGCUGUCGAAGGCUGUGAAAACAAUGAAGAAAGGAGAAAAGGUUUUGCUUACGGUUAAACCUCAAUAUGGAUUCGGGGAGAAGGGGAAACAAGCUUUGGGUAACGAAGGUGCCAUUCCUGCAAAUGCGACACUACAAAUAACAUUAGAGCUUGUUUCAUGGAAGACGGUUUCCGAUGUUACGAAAGACAAAAAGGUUAUGAAGAAGAUUUUAAAAGAAGGAGAAGGAUACGAACGUCCUAACGAAGGAGCUGUUGUUCAGGUGAAAUUGAUUGGUAAGCUGCAAGAUGGCACCGUAUUCAUUAACAGAGGUUAUGAUGAUGGGACCGAGCUCUUUGACUUUAAGACAGACGAAGAGCAAGUAAUUGACGGGCUCGAUAAAGCUGUUAUGACGAUGAAGAAAGGGGAAGUAGCCAUUCUAACAAUCGCACCAGAAUAUGCCUUCGGUUCUACAGAAUCCAAGCAGGAGUUGGCAGUGGUCCCUCCGAACUCCACUGUGAUUUACGAAAUCGAGCUCAAUUCCUUCAUUAAGGAGAAAGAAUCAUGGGAUAUGAACACUCAAGAGAAGAUCGAGGCAGCUGGUAAAAAGAAGGAAGAAGGGAACUCGUUGUUCAAGGCUGGUAAAUAUCUCAAAGCAUCAAAGCGAUACGAGAAGGCUGUUAAAUACAUCGAAUACGAUACUAGUUUUGAUGAUGAGGAAAAGAAGCAAGCUAAGGCGUUGAAGGUGUCGUGCAACCUCAACAACGCGGCGUGUAAAUUGAAGUUGAAGGAGUACAAACAAGCAGAGAAGCUCUGCACCAAGGUGUUGGAAAGUGAUAGUGGGAAUGUGAAGGCCCUGUACAGGAGGGCUCAAGCCUACAUUCAUCUUGCUGAUCUGGAUCUGGCAGAACUCGACAUAAAAAAGGCGCUUGAAAUCGACCCUGAUAACAGGGAUGUGAAGCUGGAGUAUAAGGUGCUGAAGGAGAAGAUGAAAGAAUACAACAAGAAGGAUGCUAAAUUUUAUGGAAAUAUGUUUGCUAAACUUGGGGUCCUUGAUUCUAAGAAGACGGCAGCAGCUCCAAUGGCCAUAGACAGCAAGGCAUGAUAAUACAAGGAAGGAUGUUUGCAUAAGUGUCCUUUGUUUGGUUGUUUUGUGUUUGUUAUAUGAUGUUUUGUUCUUCCUUAUUAGUUGUGAAUAAUAAUGAGAUAGUGAAACAACCCGUUAUAACUACUUUUUCAUUUUUACUUCU